ACUUCAUAUUCCGAAGCAGAGAGUGGCGGUGAUGCACUUGAAACGCUGGUAACCAACCUCCAUUCAAAACGAAGAAGAAGAGCAGCUACCUAGCAGCCACAACCCUCCUUCUGCUGGACCAAAAUAGACAGUUGAAGGCUGAGCAGCUGACAUCAACCAGAAAUGGCUGCCACCGGAGUCCUUCCCUUCAUAAGGGGGGUAGACCUGAGUGGAAACGACUUCAAAGGUGGAUACUUCCCAGAGCAUGUCAAGUGUAUGAGCAGUCUGCGAUGGCUGAAACUGAACAGGACAGGACUAUGUUACCUCCCAGAGGAGCUGGCCUCUCUGCAGAAGCUGGAACAUCUUUCAGUGAGUCACAACAGCCUGACCACUUUACAUGGAGAGCUGUCCAGUUUACCAAACCUACGGGCGGUGGUGGCCAGAGCCAACAACUUGAAGAACUCUGGAGUCCCAGAUGACAUUUUUCAGCUAGAUGACCUCUCUGUGCUGGACCUGAGCUACAAUCAGCUGUCAGAGAUCCCAAGGGACCUGGAGAACAGCAGGAACAUGCUGGUGCUGAAUCUGAGCCACAACAGCAUCGACUCCAUCCCCAACCAGCUGUUCAUCAACCUGACGGACCUGCUGUACCUGGACCUGAGUGACAACAAGCUGGACAGCCUGCCGCCGCAGAUGAGACGCCUGGUUCACCUGCAGACACUCAUACUGAACAACAACCCGCUGAUGCAUGCCCAGCUGCGCCAGCUGCCAGCUAUGGUUGCAUUACAGACUCUACACCUGAGGAACACCCAGAGGACCCAGAGCAACAUGCCUACCAGUCUGGAGGGACUGACACAUUUAGCAGAUGUCGACCUGUCAUGUAAUGACCUGACUCGGGUGCCAGAGUGCCUCUAUUCACUAGGCAGUUUGAAGAGACUCAACCUGAGCAGUAAUCAGAUCUCAGAGCUGUCCCUCUGCAUCGACCAGUGGACUCAGCUGGAGACACUGAACCUGAGCCGCAACCAGCUCACCUCACUGCCUUCUGCAAUCUGUAAGCUUUCCAAACUGAAGAAGCUAUAUGUAAACUCAAACAAACUGGACUUUGACGGGGUUCCACCAGGUGUCGGCAAACUGUCCAGCCUCACUGAGUUCAUGGCGGCUAACAACAACCUGGAACUCAUCCCCGAGGGACUCUGCAGGUGUGGCAAGUUGAAGAAGCUGGUGCUGAACAAAAACCGCCUGGUAACGCUGCCGGAGGCCAUCCACUUCUUGACUGAUUUAGAGGUUUUAGAUGUGCGUGAGAACCCCAACCUGGUGAUGCCUCCUAAACCAGUGGACAGAGGAGCAGAGUGGUACAACAUCGACUUUUCCCUGCAGAACCAGCUCCGGCUGGCCGGGGCCUCACCUGCCACUGUAGCUGCUGCUGGAGGAGGAGCCAGCCCCCGAGAUCCCCUGGCGAGGAAGAUGAGGCUAAGAAGGCGGAAGGACUGUUCUCAGGACGAUCAGGCCAAGCAGGUGCUGAAGGGCAUGAGUGACGUCGCACAGGAGAAGAAGAAUAUGGAGGAGAAUGGAGAUUUGAAAUAUGCUGAUUUAAAGAUCCGACGCUGGGACAAAAGCCUGGAGAAACCUCAGCUGGACUACUCGGAGUACUUUAUGGAGGACGUAGGGCAGGUUCCAGGUAUAUCAGUAUAUCAGAUAGAAAACUUUAUUCCCAUCCAAGUGGAUGAAACUUUCCACGGCAAGUUCUAUGAGGCUGAUUGCUACAUCGUCCUUAAGACCUUCCUGGACGACAACAGUGCCCUGAACUGGCAGAUCUACUACUGGAUUGGCCAGGAGGCCACUCUGGACAAGAAGGCCGGUGCUGCUAUUCACGCCGUCAACCUCAGGAAUUUCCUCGGUGCGGAGUGCAGGACCAUACGGGAAGAGAUGGGAGACGAAAGCGAGGAGUUCAGUGCCGUGUUUAACAAUGAGAUCUCGUACAUUGAGGGAGGAACAGCCAGCGGAUUCUACACUGUGGAGGACACAAACUAUGCUCUCAGGUUAUACAGAGUUUACGGCAAGAAAAACAUCAGACUGGAGUCUGUACCUGCGAAGGCCUCCUCCCUCGACCCUCGCUAUGUCUUCCUGUUGGACACAGGGCUGGAAAUCUUUGUGUGGAGGGGAGGCAACGCCACCCUGAGCGGCACCACAAAGGCCCGGUUGUUCGCAGAAAAGAUCAAUAAGAAUGAGCGUAAAGGGAAGGCAGAGAUCACAACCAUCAUGCAGAACCAGGAGCCUCCAGGUUUCUGGGAGUCACUGGGAGGACAGCCAGAGGAGAUCAAGAAACAUGUACCAGAUGACUUCUCUCCUGUCAGACCGAAACUCUACAAGGUGGGUUUGGGUCUGGGCUACCUGGAGCUGCCACAGAUCAACUACAAGCUGUCAGUCGAGCACAAGGACCACAAGGUCAAACUGGACACCCUGCCAGAGAUGAGACUGCUGCAGACCCUACUGGACACAAAGUGCGUUUAUAUCCUGGACUGCUGGUCUGAUGUGUUCAUCUGGAUCGGGAGGAAGUCUCCGCGUCUCGUUCGAGCCGCCGCCUUAAAACUGGGUCAGGAGAUCUGCUCCAUGCUGCACCGGCCCAAACACGCCCUCGUCACCCGCAACCUGGAGGGCACCGAGUGCCAGGUGUUUAAGUCCAAGUUUAAGAACUGGGACGAUGUGUUGAAGGUGGACUACACCAGAGCAGCUGAGACUGUACAACAGAAGGACAACCUACAGGGCAAGGUGAAGAAAGACGCGGAGCAGAAGGACCAGAUGAAAGCCGACCUCACGGCUCUCUUCCUUCCCAGGCAGCCCCCCAUGCCUCUCACUGAGGCUGAACAGCUGAUGGAGGAGUGGAAUGAGGAUCUGGAUGGUAUGGAAGGAUUCGUGUUGGAGGGGAAGAAGUUUGCCCGCCUGCCUGAGGAGGAGUUCGGACACUUCCACACUCAGGACUGCUACGUCUUCCUCUGCAGAUACUGGGUGCCUGUGGAGUAUGAGGACGAGGAGAAGGAGAAGAAGGAGGGCGGAGGCAGAGGCGGAGGCGGAGGCGGAGGGGGAGGAGCAGCAGACGAGGAGGAUGACAAACAGCCCGAGGAGGACUUCCAGUGCGUGGUGUACUUCUGGCAGGGCAGGCAGGCCUCCAACAUGGGCUGGCUCACCUUCACCUUCUCCCUGCAGAAGAAGUUCGAGAGUCUGUUCCCUGGAAAACUGAAGGUGGUACGUAUGACCCAGCAGCAGGAGAACCUCAAGUUCCUGUCCCAUUUCAAGAGGAAGUUCAUCAUCCACAAAGGGAAGAGGAAACAGAAGACCGACGCCGCUCAGCCCUCGCUCUACCACAUACGCACCAAUGGCAGCGCACUUUGCACCAGGACCAUCCAGAUCGGAACAGACUCCAGCAAUCUCAACUCAGAGUUUUGCUUCAUCCUCAAGGUACCGUUUGAGAGCACAGACAAUCAGGGCAUCGUGUACACCUGGGUGGGCAGAGCUGCCGACCCCGACGAAGCCAAACUGGCCGAGGACAUCAUGAACUGCAUGUUCGAUGACACGUACAGUAAACAGGUGAUUAACGAGGGGGAGGAGCCAGAGAACUUCUUCUGGGUGGGGAUUGGUUCUCAGAAGCAGUACGACGAAGAUGCAGAUUACAUGAAACACGCUCGGCUCUUCAGGUGUUCCAAUGAGAAGGGUUAUUUCUCCGUGUCAGAGAAGUGCUCAGACUUCUGUCAGGACGACUUGGCCGAUGAUGACAUCAUGUUGCUGGACAACGGCCACGAGGUGUACAUGUGGGUCGGUACUCAGACCAGCCAGGUGGAGAUCAAACUCAGUCUCAAAGCCUGUCAGGUUUACAUCCAGCACAUGCGCUCCAAGGACGCCGAACACCCCAGGAAGCUUCGACUGGUGCGCAAGGGAAACGAGCCUCACUGCUUCACACGCUGCUUCCACGCCUGGGGCGCUUUCAAAACUCCCCCCGCAUAGACAAACGCACAGAAAUGCUCACAGAUACGUCAAAUGUACUCGCUGCCAUAUAAGUUUCUACCAGUCAGAUGAUGAUGAUGUCUUUGCCUAACUCGGCUUUACCUGAGCUUCAAUCCCUUCCCCUCAUCCCGCUCGCCGCUGCUGCUCAACAGCCUCUUGACCAACAUGUUACUGUCAGUCUGCCUGCAAAAACAGAAAAACCUGGACAGAUAUCUUACAAUGGGUGAACGCUCUUCUGGUCAAGAAGCUGUUGGCCGUUUUCCUGUCAUCAGUAAAUUAUCGCCUUUUUCUACAAAGCUGGAUGAAAGAAGAGAAUUAUGUUUUGCGAUGAAAUAUGACUAUGGUGUACAGAGGCUUUAUAAAAAAUACCCAAAGGGAGGUGAAUCCCCCAACAUAUCGAUCUGCUCUGCUGCUUUCACGUGGCUUGCGCUGCAUGGUCAGUAAUAUUCAGUGGAGGAGGGUUAAGCGCUCAUUACUGCAGCCGGCGCUCCUCCAUGCUUGGUGCCAUUUUGCGCAGCUCAUCUGAAGCAUUUCGAGUCGGAUACAAGUUUAAUUUUACAGUUUGUAUCAUUUUCUUUUCAUCAUUGAGGGACUGAACAGCACUAUAAUUGUUUUUCUGAGGAAUGUCGGUUUAUACAUAUAUUUUUCUGUCGAUUCUACGUGGUAUGUUUGUGUGUUCUCCCCCAUGCGCCUACAUUGAACCGGGGGCUUCCCCUUUACUGUCUGUUCAGUCACUGUGCUCACCUCCUCUAACUCGGCUGCUGAUCGGGUGCAAAGAGAAACCUUUCUGUUUCAAUCUAACAUGAUAUGAUUGUCAUACAAAGACGCUUUGUUUAGCAAUUGCUUUGCCAUGUGAAAGUUUAACGUUAGUUGCGUUUGGCCAAAGAACUCUUGAGCGGAGGUCGGGGUGGGGGAGCUUGUGAGACAGUUUUUUUUGUUUGUUUUUUUUUUAUGUUAAAGUUUAAGGACGGAUGUUUUAAAUGUGCAAUCAGCAGAGCCCAGGAGAUACAGGAACUAAAUAUGACUGUGCUUCUACAUUACAGGCUGCAUUCAACUAGUCAAAAUGUUUAUUUUUGCUUUUCUAGAAGUCUCUUUCCAAAAUGUGGUGUAACCAUCCUUGAACGAGUGAACGCAUGACGUUUAAAAUGAGACAUUUUUAGUUUGGAUGUUGAGUUUUAAAGUGUCGCCUUCUUUUUUGAAUACGUUUCCUGUUUUGGAAGAAAAUUCUUUAUCAGCAAAUUUUAAUGGGAGAUCUUUUGCACCAUACGAGAGACGUAAUAAAUAUUGUGACCUCUGGUUCCACUGAUCUGAUAUCAGUCGUGUGUUUGCGUGGUUGACAGAUGAGUUAUGUUUAACCAGUGGUGGAUCAGUUCAACAGGACUGCUGCAGGACUUCUUGUGAUCACAUGACCUGUGCGGCGUGCAGGCAUCAGUCCAAGAUAUCUGCGUGUUCUCAAACGGCUGCAACAACUGCCAUCAUUUUGUUUCUUCAUACUUUAUUUUGUGGGGUGAAUCGUAUGCCUGGUAGAGUGUCUGAAUCCUACACGCAUAAUGUAUGUGUGUAUAUGAAUAUGUGCACAUGCUCCUGAUGCCACCUGCAGAUGCUUUAUUUAUGUAUUUUAUAUAAAAAUAAAAUUUCACAUCACACGUUC